AUGAAGGUUUUAUUCAUGUUUAUUGGAUUAUUUCAAUCAUCUCUAACCCAGGAUCGAACUUUUUUGCUGUCUAGACAAAGCUUUGCUAUCGACUUGUUCAAGAACUUAUCCAGACCCGAAAGCUUCAUUAUAUCACCAGCAUCAAUAGACUUUGCCGUUAGUGCCUUGUUUUUUGGCUCGAGUCAGCAAACGUUUAUGGAAAUGAUGACUGGAUUGCAUUUCCCAAAGAAUUACAGCAUGAACAUGAUUCAAAAUAACUUUAUGCUGCUCAGUAGAAAUUUGAAAAAUGUUAAAGGACUUGAGAUUGGAACUAUAAUGUACGUCAAUGAGUCCUUAACGCCCCAACACAAUUACAAAUUGACAAUCCAAAGAGUCUUAAAUGCUGAAAUCGAGUCAAUUGCCUUCGCUCAGAACGUUCAAGCAGCUCAAAGGAUCAACUCAUAUGUGGCACAGAAGACGCACAACAUGAUAAUGGAAGUCAUUGAUCAAAAUGCUAUCAAUUCUGGUAUAACAAUGAUUUUAUUAAAUUGCAUCUACUUUAAAGGCACGUGGCAGUACAAGUUCCUUAAGAAAAAUACUUUCACUGGAAAAUUCUUCCUUGACGAGACCAACACGGUUCCAGCUCAGUUCAUGACCCAAAAAACAUACUUUUCCUUUGGCUAUAUAGAGGAACUUAAUUAUGCAUCGGUUCUGUCACUUCCUUAUAAGAAUUCAGACAUGACAAUGCUGUUUGUACUUCCACGCAAGAAAGAUGGAUUGCCAAGUUUGAUUAGUAACAUGUCAAUGGUUGAUUGGUCCUCAAUUGACAAAAUAAUGGGAGAGAUUGAGGUUAAAGUGACAAUACCUAAGUUUAACAUCAGUUUUGAGCAGGAUGUUGAUGGGACAUUGAAAAAUGUGAGUGUUGCUUCAAGGGAAAUGGAGUUCAUAGCCGAUCAUCCAUUUAUAUUCAUGCUGCGUGCUAAGUCUAGUAUCCUUUUCAUUGGUCAAUACACUGGUGACAACUCAAAGCCAUUUGUUGAAACUGCUCCGUUUGAAACAACUUAUAUUCCAGAUCUAAAUGUCAGCAACAUGUUGAACAUGGAAUGA